AUGAGUGAUUCUGAUGACGAACCGAUAACUUUGUCAGCACAUGCCUUGGCUGCACUUCAAGAGUUCAAAUCCGAGGAGAAGCAACGUUUAGAGAAAUUCGAGUCUUUAUAUCAAGCUUCGGAGGAUAAGUUUGCCGACCAGCAACAACAACAGCCUGGGCAUAUAAUCACUAUUGAUGAUUUUAAAGAAGACUGGCAGCUUUCUCAGUUUUGGUACGCCGAUGAGACUGCCAAGAUUUUGGGGAAAGCCUUGCUAGAAGGUGCCGAUGAGGAUACUGUUGUCGUAAUUGCCUCUGCCCCCUCCGUGUAUGCUGCUAUAAAACAGCUCCCCGAAGAUGAAAUUCCAACAAAGCAUAUCUAUCUUUUGGAAUUUGACCCUCGUUUCAAGGUAUUGGCUGGUGAACAGUAUUUUAGUGUUUACGAUUAUAACAAGCCAGACGAGAUUCCAGCACAUUUAAAGCACAAGUGUCAUAGGCUUUUGAUUGAUCCGCCAUUCUUGGAGGAGGUCUGUCAAAACAAAAGCGCCGAGGCUGCAAAGAAUCUACUUGUUGAAGAAAGUGAAAGAAGUGCAAAAACGGCAUCUGGAGACAACAAAUUUAAAUUAAUUUCUUCAACUGGGGAGCGUAUGCACAAGGUUGUAGAAAGAAACUACCCAGGUGUUCAUGUUACAAACUUUUUACCCGAACACAAGAAUGGGUUGAGCAAUGAAUUCAGAUGUUAUGCCAAUUUCGAAGGUUCCUUUUGGAAAUUUGAUAAACUGUAA